CUUUCAUUAGCAGGAUGAGCAUCAACAUGGCAGCUGUACUGUCCCCUAGACAGUGCGAUAGCAAUCCUGCAACUCCUGGGACGCAGUCCAUGAAGGAUGACAUUGAAGAAAAUUCCAGUGAUGGCAGUCAAGCCCCCAAGAGACGCAGGAUGGGUUCAGGAGACAGUUCCAGGAGCUGUGACACAUCCAACCAUGAGCUGGGACCUACAUACUUCCCUGCUGAAAAUCUAACAGAAUACAAAUGGCCUGCGGAUGACACAGGAGAGUAUUAUAUGUUACAAGAGCAAGUCAGCGAGUAUUUAGGAGUCACGUCAUUUAAGCGGAAAUAUCCAGAUUUGGAAAGAAGAGAUCUGUCUCACAAAGAGAAGCUUUACCUGAGAGAGCAAAAUGUCAUCACAGAAACACAGUGUACAUUAGGUCUCACUGCUCUCCGCAGUGAUGAGGUCAUUGAUUUGAUGAUUAAAGAGUACCCAGCCAAACAUGCAGAGUACUCGGUUAUACUCCAAGAGCGAGAGCGGCAGAGGAUAACUAAAGAAUACUCUGUGAGCACUCUUAGUGCACAAAUGCAACAAAAAAAUCCUCAAAAAGUUGAAGCCAGUAAAGUGCCAGAUUACAUAAAGAAAGCAGCUAAAAAAGCUGCAGAAUUCAACAGUAAUUUCAACCGAGAGCGGAUGGAAGAGAGAAGGGCAUAUUUUGACCUUCAAACACAUAUUAUUCAGGUACCUCAAGGAAAAUACAAAGUCCUACCUCCCGAAAAAACAAAGACUGGUCCAUACCCAGUGGCCCUCAUCCCUGGGCAGUUCCAAGAGUUCUACAAACGGUACUCUCCAAAUGAGCUCCGCUACUUGCCCAUGAACACGGCUCUAUACGAGCCUCCCCUGGACCCAGAGCUGCCUGCCCUGGACAGUGAUGGCGAUUCUGAUGAUGGAGAGGAUGGAAAAGGUGAAGACGGCAAGAAAAAAGGUUCCUCUGACAGUUCAUGUGGAAACACUUCGGACGGGGACAGCCAGGACAGUGGAAUUCAGUCGAAAAACAAGAGCAAAGACCGACCCGGCACCCAGAGCAAAGACGCCACUCCUCGCACCAUCCAACACAAAUCUGUCCCUGGGUACAAGCCUAAGGUCAUUCCCAAUGCUAUAUGUGGCAUAUGUCAGAAGGGUAAGGAGGCCAACAAGAGAGGCAAACCAGAAGUUCUCAUCCACUGCUCCCAGUGCCAAAACAGCGGUCACCCGUCCUGCUUGGAUAUGAGUGCAGAUUUGGUGUUCCAGAUCAAGAUGUAUCCCUGGCAGUGCAUGGAAUGCAAGACGUGUACCGUCUGCAAGCAGCCCCACCAUGAGGAGGAGAUGAUGUUCUGUGACAAUUGUGAUCGUGGUUUCCACACCUUCUGUGUGGGCAUGGACUCUAUUCCUUUGGGUUGCUGGGUCUGUGAUUUAUGCAACAAAGACAUAUCUACACCUCGGAAAAAAGGAACAGCGAAAACACCCAAAAAAUCGAAAUAAGUUCCAAAGAGAACAUUUUUAUUUCGGAUGACAGUUUUGAUAUUAAUUUCUAUUUUUCUACUUUUGAAAUGAUAAACCCAUACAAUUAUGUAUUUCAUAUGUUGCAAUGGUUUGCCAUAUAUUUGUUGCUUAUUCCACGCCCCCACCCCCCCGCCGAUUGUUAGCGAUUUAGGGUUUUUGUAUUGUUUAAAAUAAAGGUGAAAAAAAUG